CUCUCUCCCACUCUUCCAUGUUCUAAACAACGAUACAUUUUGAUUUCAACCUCCUUCCGUUCUUCAAUAGUCCGCAGGAAUUCAGUAAGGUGAUCAAAUACUGAGGGAUAACACUAAAUAAGCUUAUGGGAAUUUCCCACUGCCUUGCCAAAACAUCACACAGGAUAGAGGCGGUUCCGAAAGCCAGACACGACAAGUCCCUGCCCAGGGCAUACUGUAAACAGAUUAAAGAUGAUGAUAAUGAGCCCAUGCUUUCUGCUAAUGCCAAAUACAAAUCUUGGCUGGAAAAACACCCGCCUGCACUGAGCUCAUUUGAAGGGAUGAUGAGAGGAGCAAAGGGCAAACGGAUUGUGGUGUUUCUAGAUUACGACGGAACCCUCUCUCCCAUUGUUAAUGACCCUGACAAAGCAUUCAUGUCUGAUCUCAUGCGCUCAACUCUGAGCGAAGUGGCCACUCACUUCCCAACAGCAAUUAUAAGCGGUCGAAGCAGAGAGAAGGUGUAUCGUUUUGUAAAGUUAGAUGAAGUGUAUUAUGCCGGUAGUCAUGGUAUGGAUAUUAUGGGACCUGCAAAGCAACUGGAGUCUGAUGAUCGCAAAUACCAGACCAAAACCCUUGAUAAUAAGGGAAAUGUAUUCACCCUUUUCCAGCCAGCUCAAGAUUUUCUGCCUCAAAUCAAGAAGAUGUUGAGUGAGCUAAAGGAGAAAACUUCAGAUGUAGAUGGAGUAUUGGUAGAGGACAACAUGUUCUGUAUCUCUGUGCACCAUCGGAACGUGUUGAAAGAGGAUCAUGGAUUAGUAAAGAAGAAAGUUGAGGCCGUACUUUCCAAUUAUCCAAAAUUCCACCUCACAAAAGGUUUGGAGGUUCUUGAAAUCCGGCCAACCAUCAAGUUUAACAAAGGUGACGCGCUGCUCUACCUGCUUGAAACCCUCGGAUUCGCUAACUCCAAAAAUGUCCUCCCUUUUUACAUCGGAGACGAUAACACCGAUGAAGACGCUUUCAAGGUGCUAAAAAGCAGAAAGCAAGGGUGUCCUAUUAUUGUUUCUUGUGUCCCAAAAGAAUCCUUGGCUUCAUACUCGCUUCGCAAUCCAUCAGAAGUCCAAUCUUUUCUGAUGCUGCUAGCAAGAUGGGGCGCCGACCAUUCUUCUCACUGAUGAUCCCAUCCGACGUGGCGCCCUCAGCUCAGCUCGUCGUCUCCCACUUUCUGUACGUAUCUAUAUAUAUAUAUAUAUAUAUAUAUAUAUAUAUAUAUAUAUAUAUAUAUAUACAAGGCGUUGUUUUAUUUCUAAGUCCGCCUUGUGCAUACGCAGUUAGUUGUGCCACGCUUUUUGGGCCGCAACUGCAUGUUUAAUGUUUUCCCCGGUUAGUUCUUUUUUUUGGUCGUCUUUUCUUGCCCCAUCCAGUAGGCAUCAUAU